AGUGCCACAAGUAGUGACAAAUUUUUGUGACCUUUCCGGGUACAAAAAUUUUUGAGAUAAUCUCGCAGCGUAUCUCACGAGGAAACGAUUAGUCUGUAAAAUUAGUAUUAAUCAGCAAUUAAAAGCGAGACGCCACUGAUGUUGUCAAAAAUCUUAAUAAUACUAAUUCUACCAUUGGCAAGCUAUAGGUUAUCAACAGCCAAAUGGAAAUUCCCCGACGAUUUUAAAUUCGGAGUUGCGACUUCGGCCUACCAGACAGAAGGUGGCUGGAAUGCCGACGGCAGAGGUACCAGCAUAUGGGACGUGGCCGCCCAUAAUCGCUCGUUUCUGAUCCGCGACCGCAGUAACGGCGACAUAGCCUGUGAUUCGUAUAAUAAAUGGGAGGAGGACGUCCUCAUGGUCAAAAAUCUGGGAGUGCACUAUUACCGAUUCUCCUUGUCCUGGACGAGAAUCCUGCCUGAUGGGUACUCCUCCAAAGUUAACCCAGAGGGAGUGAAAUAUUACAACAAAAUCAUCGAUAAACUAAUCGAAAAUCAGAUAGAGCCGGUCGUCACUUUGUACCACUGGGACUUGCCACAAGCUUUCAGUGCUUUGGGUGGAUGGACUAAUCCUAUUGUGAUCCCACACUUUGCAAACUUUGCCCGAAAAGCCUUCCGUUUAUUCGGGGAUAGAGUCAAAAUCUGGAUUACGAUAAACGAACCACGACUAAUGUGCGAUUUUUUCAAAGGAUUAGUUGGUGACAUAACCCCUGAUUAUCCUUUAGGAAUCUCGGAAUAUUUGUGUGCCCACAAUGUCCUAAAGGCACAUGCGGCCGCUUAUCAUAUUUACGAUAAAGAAUUCAGACCUAUCCAGCACGGAAAAAUCUCAAUCACUUUGGACAUGGUGUGGUCAGAACCGGCAAAUGCCAGUGACCCUGAAGACGUACGAGCUGCAGAACAAAACGUGCAGUUCGAUUUUGGUCUUUACGCUAACCCGAUUUUUAACUACGAUUACCCAAAAGUUGUUAUUGAACGUGUGGCAAAUCGAAGUAAAAUAGAAAGGAUCCCUAAAUCAAGACUACCGAAAUUCACAAUGGCGGAAAAAUUAAAAAUUAGUGGGACUUAUGAUUUUUUAGGAAUAAAUCAUUAUAUCACAAUGUACACUAAAGCGACCAAAGAACCACCGGUGACUAAACCAUCGUUCGAUGUAGAUUCAGGAGGAAAAAGGUUUUUUGAUCCCAAGUGGGAAGGUUGUGCUGCUGAUUGGAUUAAAGUAGUACCGUGGGGCUACAGAAACAGUUUAAAAUGGAUUAAAAAGAAUUACCGAAACCCGGAAAUUAUUAUAACAGAAAAUGGUUAUGCUGACGGUGGCGACGUCAUUAAUGACGAUGGGAGAAUUAAUUACUAUCGAGAAUACUUGAAUGCCACUCUACAAGCAAUUAUAGAAGAUGGUGUCAAUGUCAAGAGUUACAUUGCUUGGAGUUUGAUGGACAAUUAUGAGUGGGGUUUUGGUUAUACGCUAAAAUUUGGUUUAUACCAUGUCAAUUUUAGUAAUCCUAAUCGGCCACGAACGCCCAAAAAGUCAGUCGAAUUUUUCAAAAAAGUUGUCCGAACUCGAACUAUUCCUUAAUUAUUUAUUGUAUAUUAUAAUAAAUUAUUGUCGCAUAA